UUUAGAAUCUGGCUUCACGCGCAUGUUUUAAACAUGUAUUUACGCGACAAUACGGGUCCUCUUCUUUUGAGUGUUGUUUCAUGUUUAGGGAAAAGUUUGACCAAAUUAAGUGUGAGAACAGGAGCAGGGCAGCUGAGCCCGGAAGCAGGGCGGGACCUGCGCUCCUUAUAAACAUGGCCGUUAAGUCCUUUACCGCAUCAGGUCCUGCUGCGUGUGGUUGAAUUAGUCACAGUUUGAGGGAGUCACCGAGCAUAACUAACACUAGGACGAGUGGAAAGAAAAUGUGUUGGCACAGCGGGGAGCCGCCAUCGUAUUUUUAUGUUGUAAAGUGAGAGUGAGAACAGCGCUGACAAACUUCCUCUUGUACUUUGUGCUAGUUUGCUAACGAAGCUAACCGAGCCGACGUCUUUUGGAUAUAAUACUUGUGUCAAGUUUUUUUCCCCCCAGCCUGUGGAGUCUAAUCUGCCGUUUGACUGUAAUGAAGGAGCAGCGCCUCUCACCCGGUCAGUCUGGGUGAAGGUUUUACACACUUAACGUCUUGGAUUUCCACUCACAGCUGAAGGCUGAGCCAAACUUUGUUGGAGGUUUCCCUUCGGUUGGUGUCUUUUUUUCUCUCCACUGGCAGCAGCCGCCUGCCAGAGGGCGGAAAUAAACAAUGUUCUCUGUCAAACCCAUGAAACCAACCUUCAAGUGUUAUCUUCCUUCGCAGACUGAUGUGAAGAAAACAAUUGAACUACCUCUUAAAAAGAUAGAGCCGAAGUUACUUCCAGGGGAGAUAGUAGUUAACGAGGCAAACUUUGUGAGGAAAUGCAUCAGCAGUGAGAGCAGCAAAGAGGAUCUUUGGGGGAAGUUGAUAUGUACCAACUUUAAAGUCUCCUUUAUUGUCCAGGAUGCCCCAAUUAAAGAGAAGCCUCAUUUGUCUCACCUUCUGCUGGGUGAACACGACAUCCCCCUGACCUGCCUGGAACAAGUGGUAACAGUAAAUGAUUCCAAGGGCAAGAAGAAAGUGUUGGGGUCAAACCAGAAGCUGAAGUUCAACCCCACCGAGCUUAUCCUCUAUUGCAAAGAUCUACGCAUCAUAAGGUUCUGCUUUGACGAGGCCGGGCCUGAGAGUGCUAGAAAAGUUUGCCUGGCAAUUGCCCACUACUCCCACCCUGCUGAUAUCCACCUCCUGUUUGGCUUUGAGUUCCAAGGACGGCGGUUUUAUGAAUCUAAAGGACGGAGAGUCAAUGGUUCCACCCCUCGAGGAGGAUUACACACUCCGAUGUUUGACCGCCCUUCUGACUGGGAUAGAGAAAUCAAGAGAACAGGGGCCUCCGAGUGGAGGGUGUGCUCCAUCAACGAGCGCUACGCCAUCUCACAAAGUCUUGCAGAGUACAUCGUGGUCCCAGUUUCCCUGACAGAUCAGGAUCUAAAGCAGUUCUCCAAAGAGUUCACUGACAAUCGUAUCCCUCUCUGGUGCUGGAAUCACUCUAAUGGCAGCGCUCUUGUUCGCAUGGCCAGCUUAUGCGAUCCAUUACAGCACAACAGGAUAGAAAAAAGAGUCACCACUGCAAUUCAAAAAAGCCACCCACAGCAAAAUGAGAUUUUAAAGAUAGAUCUGGACAAGAGUCUCCCUAAUAUCCAGGACAUCCAGAGUGCCUUUUUAAAAGUCAGAAACAUCUGUGUCAUAGAACCUUUUGAGGAGUCUGAGGAGAGGUGGCUUUCAUCCAUCGAAAACUCACGAUGGCUGGAAUAUGUCAGGGCUUUUUUGAAACAGUCUGCUGAGAUCGUUUACUUUCUGGAUGGAAGAAAUUCUUCAGUCAUUUUGCAAGAGGAAGAAGACAGAGACCUGAAUUGUGUGGUGUCCUCGUUGGUGCAGCUCAUGUUGGACCCUCACUACCGCAGCCGUAACGGGUUCCAGAGUUUGGUGCAGAAGGAGUGGGUGAUGGCUGGCCAUCGCUUCUUGGACAGAUGCAACCACUUGAAGAAGAAUGACAAGGAGUCCCCAGUGUUCAUGCUGUUUCUGGACUGCGUGUGGCAGAUGAUAAACCAGUAUCCAGCAGCAUUUGAAUUCACAGAGACUUAUCUGACAGUGCUCAGUGACAGCAUGUGGAUUCCACUCUUCAGUACUUUCCUUUUCAAUUCUUCCAAACAACGCUCACAGUGCUUAAUGGACUUUGCCAAGCAAAAGGCUAUCCCUCCAGGAGAAGAGCAGGAUUUCUAUUUCCCUCCUGUUUGGGACUGGUCACAGCAGUUAUCUGUCAAAGACCAGACUCUCUUCAAUAACCCCAUGUACGUGGGCAAAGGAGCUGCCUGUGUUCAGAAUGGGGAAGUUAAAUCCUUUACGCGCAAGCAGAAAAACUACAGCUCCACACUGCGAGGAUCCAGUGCCUCCAUACGUAAUGGCCUAAGGAGUGGAGAGGAAACAUUGACCCGAAAAGGCUCUUUGAUAUCAGAGCUGAAGCCAGAUUUCUCUCUAAUAAAAGUUGAAAGCCCUGCAGAGCGCUUCUUCAGGGACUGGUUCUCUCAGCCUACAGACCAGAAGGGCCUCUUGAUUCCUUUGCUUCUGCCUUCUCAUAUGGCCCUUUGGAAGCUCUACUUUCUUCGUUGGGUCCCUGAGGCCUGCAUACCCAAAGGAGGCACAAUCACGGCCUACCAUAAGAUAUGCCAACUGUUUGACGAAAUUGAGAGCCUACAGAGUCAGCUCAGGCAAUAUAAAGGACCGAGUCCUGACAGCACACCGCUCCCCAGCCCAAAAAGACCGUCUUCACACCAAAGGAGGAUGUAUUUCAGGGCCAAAUCACGGAAUGACUCCUCGACAUCUCCAGACUACCUUUCCUCUUCUUUUCCAUUUACUCCAGUGGGAAAUCUGUGCCGCCGCAGCAUCCAUGGGACUCCUAUCAGCAAGUUUCUGAAUGGGGCGAAAAUCUGGCUUUCUACAGAGACUCUUGUUAAUGAUACUGUCUGAGGAGUGUUGGGUUUUCUUAGGUAGAUGUCUUAGGCAAUUUAUUGGGCUUUAUAUUUACUCUUUCAUAAAACCCAAAAUGAAAAUGAGAAAUAUAUAAAAGUAUAACUUAGACCAGUAUUUAAUCAUUUUAAGCUAAACUAAUGAUUGAUGAGGGUUCAGAUUUACGAAAGGACAUCUUUCCUUUGACCAGUGAGUUGUUACUGUGAUAAAUCUGCUGGCUGUGAAAUCACCAUCUAAAUUUUUUUUUAUGUGAGGUCACUUUUGACCCUCUAGACGACUACUGUGUCUUUACAGUGAGUUGGAACAGGAGUAAGAAGUAGGUCUGUUGAAAAGAAGAAAAGUGCACCUUUUUAAUGAAAAGAAAGAUGACGUAUUUCCCUGAACACUGACUUCCUUGUACUGUCUUUGGUUGUGCUUACCAGGAACUGUUUAUUCAAAAAUUUGACUUGUUUUUCUGCUUUUUGUUUUUGUUUUAGAAAGAGGAGCCUUAAAUAACACUGCUAACGACUGUUCUACUCCACGGCUUAAACAGAGAAUCUGGUGGAAUGUAAUUGGGUGUAUAUUUUUUGCACACAUUUUUGCUUCAAGUGCUUAUAUUGUUUUGGUUGCUCUAAUUAACAGACUGUAUGAUUUCUGGGUCUAACUUUGUAGAUGUACUUUAUUUUUCAAACAGAAAAGGGGGCAGAUAUUUUACUAUAGAGCUGUGAGGGCUUUAAUCUGUGGCAGAUAUUUCUUGUUCUUAGCUAGAAGCCUUCUGGUAAGGCAAUGCAGAUGAAAUUGAAAAUUAAAGGGACAGAAAAGGCUUUGGGGCAAACCAGUACCUAGUCGUGUAUAGAGUGAAUCCAAUUUUAGACACUGGCUCAGUGAAGCAUAACAUUAGCUGAGAUAAUUCAGUACAAGGAUAAGAAGGUUAAGUCUUAUACAGAGCUGUAUAUAUAAUUGUUCAUAGAUAGACAUUAUGUCAUAUAGAGAGCCUGAAAGUCCAUUUUGAGAUUUUCACCAGCUGCUGGACUAGGUACUGGUUUGGAUGUACCUAAGUAAUGUGGCUCAGUGGUUAAGACUUCUUCUAACAAAACGGUUAAAAAGCUAGCACUGUUUCAUGUUUAAGUACCUUUACAACAAGUUUGUUUGUAAUUAUAAAUAAAGCACCACUGGACAGAUGAUAUAUCUGUCUUCAUGCUGCCAUUCAGUAGCAUUGAGAGAUGCUUUAGUUUCAAGAUGGACUAGUUUGUAGUGAUAUUCCUAUUAACUAAAAACCUAAUUUUUUCUAUUUUGCAAUAACUUUUUAGCUUAUAUUUUAUAAUGUGAGUGCAUACCUGUUCUCGUAAUUGCUAAUUAUUGCACAUUUUACUCAAAAUUCUUUGUUUAAAGGUGGUUUUAAAUAUGUUUGGCAAAUAUUAUAAAUACUGUAUAUGCUUGAACGUUUUUGAUUAAUAUGUUUAAUUAAUGGUACUAAAUAACUUUUAUUUGGGAUUUAGUAUAUAUUUUACUGAGAGAUAUUUAUAUGCUUUAUAUUUCCACUAAUUAAUUCACAUUUAUUGCUGCUGUAGUUGGAUGAUGACUGUUUCCACCCAGUCUGACAAAGACUAACAGCAGUUGUAUUCAUAGAGAUAUGCAAAUGUCUAAGAGAAAACCAGUUGCUACUGUACACCCCUGUGCCUUUUUGGGAAUAUGUAACAUUUUUGUAAUUUUAUGCUGAACUAGUUGGCUUAUAUUAACAUUCCAAAAAUGUUGGGGGUUUUUUUUCUUUAAAAAUUGUAUUUGAUUUUAGAGGUACUGCACUGAAGCAUUUUUUUCUAACUAAAGCAGGCUGGCAUGUGUACCGUUAACUAAUCAAUACAAUUUAUUUUUCAAGUUCA